GGAAGGAAGGAAGAAAGAAAGAAAGAAAGAAAAGAAAAGAAAAGGCAAGAACAUCAAGAAUAUAUUAAUAUGUGUGUGUGUGUGGAAAAAUUAACAACCAGCCAGAAACUAUAUAUACACAUAACCAAACAAAACUAAUCAUUCGUACCACAUCUUCUUCACCUCUCUUCAUUUCUCUAUUUCCCCCAGAGUACUUAGCAUCGAUCUCAUCGGGAAAUUCAUUGAAGAAGAAAAAAAAGCUACACGCACGCACACAUAUAGCUUAUAAGAUGGAUUCAAAGAUUGAAGCAACAGUCAGGCGAGAAUAUGAAGAUUUUGAACCCAAAACCGAAGUGAUUACUGGAGACGAUAAAGAAACACUAGUCAUAUAUCUACCAGGUUUCAAGAAGUCGCAGCUGAGGCUUCAGCUAACCCCCAACCGGCUCUUCAUGGUCAGCGGAGAACGCCAGGUUGCGAUCAACAAAUGGAGUCGGGUUGCCAAGGAAUACCCAGCUUCGGCGAACGGUGACAUGAGCAGAGUGACUGCCAAGUUUGAGAAGGAGGCACUGUCCAUCAUACAGCCGAAACUAAUCGCCGCCAAGGUGGCUGAUAAAGAAAAGCCGGCCGGGGCCGAGUCAACAUCGCCUGCGCGUCCAAAAUCAGCCGAGAAGCCCGCAAAUGUUGAGGCACAGGCACAGCCCAAGCAGAAAGAAGAGGGAUCAAAUAAUAAUGGGAGAGUGAGACCUUCGGAAGAUCAUCCGUUGAAACAGAAAGAGGAAUCAAAAAUGGCCCCGGCGCCCAGCAAACAAUAUUGUUCUUCUUCUUCCGUGGCUGCUGGACAGCCUGCAGCAAAUGCCAAGACGUCAGAGCUGGCUAAGAAGGAAACGGAUGAGAAAAUGAAAGGAACUGUUGCUGAAGAUGAUGGAGCAGUGGUGGGAAAGGCAAGAAAGACAAGUGAUGAUCAGAAGCAUAGAAAUGGAAAUGGAAAUGGAAAUGGAGAUUCAUUAGCUAGAAAUAGAAUUGGCGGGUGGACAGAGACAUUAAAGGCGAUGAUGAUAGGGAGCAAGCCCCGGAUGGUGGUGAGCAUAGUUCUUGUUGUCGUGGUGGCCCUCCUGCUGGGGCUGUACAUUACAAGCUCUCCCAUGCCUGCCAACAAUAAUAAUAUUAAGCAUGAUUAAGAUAGAUGUCUUGCCAACGAUCAAUAAUAUUGUAUAUUAAUUAAUGCUCAGCUCAUCAACUGAAUAAAACAAAUAAUUUGCAGAUGUUCUCUAUCAAAAAUUACAAAAGUUAGUAGAUUCAACUAGUUCCAACAGGGCUGGGAUCCUAAUUUAAUUUCCUAAGCUAGCAGAGGCCGACGAGCAGUGCAUGCAUGGCCCUGCUUUUGGUAGCCAAUGUGAAUCAUGAAUAAUGAAGAUGGGUUCGUGUU